AGUUCAGCUCUGCAAUGGUAUCAAUCACAGUAACUGACAUCAAUGAUCAGAAUCCAAUAUUCUUAAAAGAUCAGUAUUUAUUCAGUGUAGAUGAAGGUCUUCCAAACAUUUUAGUUGGAGUGGUGCAGGCUAAAGAUGAAGAUAUUGGACUGAAUGGAGAAUUGUCUUAUUCAGUAUCUGAAAAAAGUGAUUUUGAAAUUAAUCCUGACUCAGGGAAACUUUUCACAAAAAAAGCUUUGGAUUACGAAGAACAGAAAUCAUAUUAUUUGGUAGUUACUGCUAAAGAUAAAGCACCAGAUGCACGCAUUGCUACAGUCAGUGUCACUGUCCUGAUUAAUGAUAUUCAAGAUGAGAAGCCCAUAUUUAAGCAACUGUUGUAUGAGGUUGUAGCACCUGAAAAUGCAGAAAACUAUGAAGUAGUGCAAGUGAAGGCUACUGAUCCUGAUACAGUCAGCAGUAUCACAUAUGUUAUUAAGGAAGGAAAUGCUUCUCUCUUUGCUGUUGAUCCAGUUACGGGUAUUGUUCGCACAGUAUAUGCAUUGGACUUUGAGUUGCAGCAAGAACAUACCUUAGUAAUUGGCACCUUGGAGAAUACAACACCUGAACUUCAAGCUACUUGUAGUGUUAAAGUUUCUGUGCAGGACAAGAAUGACAUUCCUCCUACAUUCUCAGUUAUUCUUCUCCCUAUUCGUCUUCAAGAUACUGUUCCACUGGGCACAACUGUUACAACUGUGGUGGCUUCUGAUAGAGAUGGAACUUCACCUGGAAAUCAAGUACAGUAUGUAAUCAGUGGUCAAGAGAAGGCUCCAAAUUACUUUUUGAUUGAUGCCAGUAGUGGUGUGAUAUCUGUUAAAGAUGAUUUACGAAAAGAACCCGAUUCUGAGUACAAGAUCGAGGUGAAAGCACGAGACUUGGGUAAACCUUCUUUGACAGCAACAACAAUGGUAAUUGUUUACGUAGAACACAUUGCUGCGAUUCCAUCAAACUCUGGACUAGGAUUUGCUGAUAAUCACUAUAAUGUGGAAGUUGAAGAAAUGGCCUUGACCAAUACACUAAUAAAGGUGCUUCCACUUGUCAAUAAACCUACUGGACAUUUUCCUGUUAGCUGUGAAAUUGUUUCUGGCAAUGAAAAAGGUCACUUUUAUGUAGUUGAGAGUGAGAAUCAAGAUUGUGAAUUAAGGAUUCAGGAUCCCAAAAUUGACUACGAACAACAGUCUAAAUAUUUACUGUCAGUUCACUUGAACACAGUUGGGGGAAUUUUUGGAUUGUCUCAGUUAACAACUCAGGUGACAGUUAAUGUAAUUGACUUGAAUGACAAUCAUCCAGAAUUUAUUGUUCCAGCAAGAUAUAGUCAAUUUACUGAAAACCGUUAUUUGGCAGCUUUACCAUAUGAAGCUUCAGCUGGUACACAAUUUGUUCAGAUUAUUGCUGAAGAUGCUGAUUCAUUUUCUAAUGGUAAGGUCUUGUAUGAAAUAGUUCCAGAAUCAGAUCCCAAAAAACUCUUCAGAAUAGACAAAAACACUGGAUUCCUUAGCAAUACCAAAACAUUGGAAGACAUACCAAUGGAGAAAUUGCCACUGAAAGUUAUAGUUAGAGCUACAGACAGUCCUGAUCUAAGAAGUGCAGCUAUGUUUAAAACAAAUGAAGUUUUGAUAAACUUGAUUAAUGAUGCCAACAGACUUGUUCUUGCAGUAAAAGAUAGUUCACCAGACAAGCUUUUGGAGAUGCAGGAUCAAUUGUUAAGGAGUGACAUGUGGUUUCAUCUUGUAGAACCUGGAUCUUUUAAGUUGCUACAAGUACAAGAUCCCCAUAUCCAUUCCACCAUGAUUGAGAAAAACUCACAAAAUAUUUUUUUGGCUAAAGUCUCAAGAUUGUUAAAUGCUCAAGCUGAAACAGUGCGACUGCCAUUUGUUAUUCAGCCUCCUGUUCAGUCAACAGCAACACCUGCUAGACCUCUGACUGUAGCAGCAGCUGAUGUUAGUGACUUGGGAGCAGCUUUGAUUGCACUUGCUGCUAUUAUCAUUGUGUUGGGUCUAGUGGGAAUUAUUUACCAUUGUUUCAUGUGGUCAAGUAUUGUAACUUUUAUAACUUCUUUGAAGGCCUUAUCUACUUGUGCUGCUUCUACCAACCAAGGAGUUCCUAUAGCUGUAUUGUCGGCCUUUACUGAUGGUCUGCGUAUCCAGGCUGUUCUUCAAAUGAGCGUGCCGACAGAUGAAGAAGGAAGCUUUACAGAACUUCGAGGAUUUGAUAAUAUUUCAUAUAUUACAAGGGAUAAAGGAGAUGAAAGUGGAUCUGGAUAUGGAGAUCCCAUCUCUGAGUUUGAUGAUUCUUCACGGUACAUGUACAGUUCUUCUCCAGGGGAGGGCACUAGCUCCAUUGGACAUGCUCCAACAAUGAGUGCUGAGAGUAAUAUGUCUGCAAACAAGCCCCUUCUUGUAGACCCUAAUGAAGUAAUGAUUCCAACAAAAAAUCCGCUCUUCCAGGAUUAUGAUGAUGAUGAAGAGCCAUUUUCCAUAUCAACAGAUCAGGAUAAUUUCUCUUUUAGUAAGGCACCAAAAAAGUUAGCCUAUUCUUAUGAAAAGUCUGCUGUUGAAACAACCACCGAACUUUGAAAUCCUUCAAAAAUAUUUUUUUAUAUAUAUAUAUAUUAUAUAAAAAAAUAUUUUAAGAAAAAUGUGAGAAUUCUACAGUGACAAAAUUUUGAGUAUUGUGAAAAAAGUAUGUUCUUGAAUUAACAAAUUAUUAAAAGUGUCUGUGAAAUAUUCUACUCUGAAAAGCACAUUCUGAGUACAGUGCAGAGUUUAUUAAACUUAAGAAAAGUAUGAUUUGGAACAGUUUCCAAGUUAGUUAUCAGGAAUCCACUAUAGGAUUAAAUGUUGUUACAAAAAUCUUAGUAAAUUUAAGAGUUCAGAAGGAUGUGCCAUAAUGACAGCUGCCUUUAAUAUAAACAUUGGCAACUUCACACACUGGUUCUACUAUAUUUUGAUAAACUAUCCAUAAAAGAUCAUUGAUAUUUAUGAAUGCUCAUUACCUUAUUAGUUAUCUGAUCAUUAACCUUUAAACAAUUAACUAGGUAGUUAUAUAUUUUUAAAGGUUUUUGUAAAUUUAUAUUAAGAUUCUCAAACUGAGUCUAAUUUUUAACUAAAUCUCGUGUCUUCCAUUAUGUGGCAAAUGUAAGCUCAACAGUUGUAUUCAUUAUUUUUAAUUUUUUUAAAGAAGUAAAUAAAAUAGUUUUUAAUCAGAAAA